AUGGCGAAAAGUUGUUCGGUGAAGAUGAUCGGAUUCGAGGAGGUGAUGAAUUCUCCUGGAAAAGUGCUUGGAAGAGGAAACUUUGGGACAACUUACAGAGCAGUUUUAGGGACAUGGAAUGGGUUUGUUGUGGCUGCAAAGAUGCUAAGAGAUGAUUGUGUUCAUGAAAAUGAAUUUAGAGAAAGAGUGGAGAGGAUGGGGAAGAUGAUUCAUGAGAAUCUUCUUCCUCUUACAGCUUAUUCUCAUGGAAUGAACAGAUGGCUUCUCUUGUUUGAGUAUAUGCCUAAUGGAAGCGUUUGUGAUCAUUUGCAUGGGAAUGAAGAUGCAGAUAUAAAUCCUCUUCCUCUUAGUUGGGAAGUUCGAAGUAGAAUUGCCUACAAAGUUGCUAGGGCAAUAGAAUACCUUCAUUCUCAAGGCCCUGAUUUUUGUCAUGGUAAUCUUAAGUCGUCUAACAUAUUCCUCACUCGAAUAUACGAGGCUAAGGUCUCGGAGUAUGGUAUAGGUCAUCUUAUCUCCCCAGUGACUAAGGCCUAUCAUAUUUGGGGUUGUUCUGCUCCGGAGAUGAAAAAUGCUCGUGAUAUCUCUCAAAAGACCGAUGUCUAUAGUUUCGGAGUUUUGCUCUUGGAACUAUUGUCCGGUUUGGCUCCACUUUUUGCCCUUAUGAAUAAGAAAGGUGUGGACUUGCCAAAGUGGGUGAGGUCCAUUGUCACUGACAAGCCUAGUUUUGUUGUGUUUGAUCAAAGAUUGCCUAAGAGUAAACUAGUGGAGGAUCAAAUGGUUCAAAUGUUACAACUCGGUAUUUAUUGUACAUUCCAAUCUCCAAACAAGCGGCCAUCGAUGAAAAUCUUGGCGGAAAAGAUCAAAGACAUUUGUCAAUUCACCUCAUGA